AUGCCCCGACCAUACUCGUCACCGGCGCCACCGAGCUGCGGCAUUUUCUCGCGUCGUGCUGGUGACAUUGGGGGCAAGGCCCUGACGGCGGAGCAGAUGGCGCAGGCUAUAUCCCAGGUCAGUGGGCGCAAUAUUCUGUUCGGCCAUAUUCCGCGUGAAUGUGCAGAGCUUUUGGCACUUUUUCAUCCUCAGGUGGACUUCCAGCUGUGGUUCUGGGAGCGACAAGAUAGGUUGGAGCCGAGGGAGCUAGAGGCCGAGCUUGGGAUUGAGUUGGCUACGUUCAAGGAGCUCUGGAAUACGAACAAAGAAUUAUUGAAACAGGCGUUUAAAAAGAUGAACUUUAUCAACAUUAAAUCUAUUGACGAGGAACAAGCACUUUUAGAGUCCCUGCUUCAGGACAUUGUCAUAUUCCACCCACCAUAUGAGACGUACCCUGGUGAGUCUGGUCCAUCCAUGUUACUGCGUGCCAUUCCCGUUUCGAUUGCAUCGGACUUCAAAAAACCGAUUGGGGUCAGCAACUGCGAUAAAUUCAAAUUAUGCCAAACUUGUCAUACCCGUGGUAUGAUUCGCUGGGGAAUCCGUCUGUAA